AUGCGGGAAGAGGAACUGGAGGUGGCCCUCAAGGUGGUUAUCGUAGGAAAUGGCGGCGUUGGCAAAUCUAGCAUGAUUCAACGUUAUUGUCGCGGCACGUUCACCAAAGACUACAAGAAGACGAUAGGCGUUGAUUUUCUCGAACGACAAAUUGAAGUCGACGGAGAAGAAGUGCGACUGAUGUUGUGGGAUACUGCCGGGCAGGAAGAAUUCGAUGCCAUUACGAAAGCGUAUUAUCGUGGGGCGCAAGCCUGCGUUUUGGCUUUCUCAACGACGGACAGGGACUCUUUUGAGGCUGCGCAUUCGUGGAAACUUAAAGUUGAAAAUGAAUGCGGCGAAAUACCGACUGUGAUAGUUCAGAACAAAAUUGAUUUGCUUGAUCAGAGCGUCGUCAAUCCCGAGGAAGCUGAUUUACUAGCGCGUGCAUUGGGUUGCCGCAUUCUACGUACUUCUGUCAAGGAGGACGUCAACGUGGCGGCCGUUUUUCGACAUUUAGCAAUGCGAUGUCUGCAAGAAAUGCGAGAACCACGCGAUGAUUACUAUUCAAUCAACAAUGGACACCAUCCGAUUACAAUCAGUGCCUUCAGUCCUAGUCUAAACCACAACAAUCAUAAGAACCAUCAUAACGGAACAAUUAUCCUUCGACCUAAUAAAAACAAAAAGAAGCGAAACGUGCUCAAGAAUGCCUGCAGAUUGUUAUGA